AUGUCAAAUAAAGAAAAAGUCAUGGAAAACAUUUACAACAACCCGUUUGCAAAACAAUCUGAAAAAGCCACUACAUACUAUGGGAUUCCGCAUGAUAUCCAAUUGCAAAAUAAAAUUUAUAAUGGUUUACGUCCAAGCAUUCCAGGGAACGUGCCAAUAUUAAUUGCUGAAUUGAUUAUUAAAUGCUGGGACCCUCAUCCAGGCAAAAGAUUAAAUUCUAAAGAAAUAUACGACACCAUAAACAUAUGGAAUAAUGAAAUUAUUAACAAUGAAUUUACAGAAUUAGCUGCUCAAAUAAAGAAGGCUGAUGAAAUGCUUAUGAAUGAUCUUUCAAUGUCUUCAUCAUCAUCUUUCGAAAAAAUACACCCUGAAGCAAUUUAUUUCAGCAGACCACUCAAUACUUUAAAUAUUUUCGUUGAUUCUGUAGACCAUAAACUGUUUGAGACCAUCAAUCCUACAACAGGAAAAGCCAUCACUUCAGUAGCUGAAGCGUCGGAAAAAGAUGUUGACAUCGCUGUUGAAGCUGCUACAAAUGCCUUUAAUGAUGUGUGGUGUCAUGUGGAUGGCAAGGAGCGUGGAAAGUUGAUCAAUAAACUCGCAAAUCUAAUGGAACGCGAUCUUGAGGAAUUGGCUGCACUUGAAGCUUUAGAUAAUGGGAAAACUUUUCGUUCUGCAAAAGCCAACGAUCUUCCAAGUGCAAUUUCAUGUUAUAGAUACUUUGCUGGAUGGUGUGACAAGAUUCAUGGCAAGGUUAUUGAGACCCAACAUGACAAGUUUUGUUAUACUCGUCAUGAACCUUUUGGUGUUUGCGGUGCAAUUAUUCCUUGGAAUUAUCCCCUUGAAAUGCAAGCGUGGAAAAUGGCCCCAGCUUUAGCAUGCGGAAAUACUAUUGUUCUCAAGUCAUCUGAACUAACUCCUUUGACGGCCUUAAAAGUUGCUGCGCUAUGUAAAGAAGCCGGGUUUCCAAAGGGUGUCGUGAAUGUUCUGUCCGGUUUUGGUCCUGUUGCCGGUGCUGCUAUCGCUUCUCAUAUGGGAAUAGAUAAAAUAUCUUUUACUGGAUAG